CGCUGCUCAGUUUGCUGGCCCUGUAGGAGGUCGGAGUGACGCUGUCUCGCAAAUUUGCUCCCCCAAAUGGACCGACAAAGUCAAUCAAGCCCCCAUUAGGACAUCAUUAAAUUCGCUUAGUGGGAUAUUUUGCACCCUGCUUAACGGACUGGAGUGCGAACGUGUGCUUUAAGACAAAAGGCGCGAGAGAAGCUCGUACUGACCGGGGAUCGGCUUUAGUUCUUCGGCUUGUGGAAACCUGUUUACAGACAAAAGAUGGUGUGCAAGUUUGCCCCUCCGUGUUGUUGCAAUAACCUCAGGGUACCAGAUUUCUCACCCUCACGCUGGGUCGUACUGUUUAUACAACUGGAGAUGCCUUCACACCAAAAUGUCCAUAGCAGCCUAUACCCCAAUGAUUUGGCAAACAGCACCAUGAUCUCCCCAAACCCCCCCUCCUAAAAAAACUCAAGUCAUUUGGCACUGCCACCAUCAUCCUGCCCCGCCCCUGAAGCUCUAGCGCUAUAUAAACCAGAAGAGCGACUCUCUUCCAUUCAUUCACUGGCCUGCAGAGGACAACGACUCAUCCACAUUGUCCAGACCCCAUCUCCUCCUAAACAAGACUAUUCUGGACUAUCACCCCGCAAAACAGAGAUGACUUCUGCCUAUUUUGCCACGACUCUUUCCAAUACUAUGAAGACUGAGAUUCAGCAGUCCAACAGCAGCCCAGCUUCUCUAUGGAGACCAUGGCUGGUGAACAGAAAGGAUGCACAAAUGGAAUGCCGGAGAACCAAGCUGGCUUGUCCCUACUCCAGGCCAGCAGUACCCAGCAACACUAGAACAACAGAUGGCAAAACACAGUCUUUCCAACACCCUGUCAGGCUGUAUUGGCCCAGAUCAAAAUCCUUUGACUACCUCUUCAGUGAUGGCGAAGCUCUGCUCCGAAAUUUCCCUGUGCAGGCCACCAUAAACUUCUAUGAAGAGUCAGACAGUGAAGAGGAGGAGGACAGCUGUGAUGAAGAUGAAGACAGCGACACAGAGGAGUAUCUAAAACUGAGCAGUCACUUCACCAGUUACAACUGAGUGUUCAAAUCUGCCCUACGAUUCUGUGACUUUAAACUGGGGAAGCUUAUAAAUGUAACAUUGGCACUGGAUAAUACCACAUCAAGCUCUAUUAGAGAAGACACUCCAUCAAUAAUUCAGUGCACGGACACGUCUUCCUUUUGAGCGUGCAAACACAACCAGAGUGAUUUUGCUGAUACUGAUUGUUUUAUGCCAAAAACAUCAAGUACACUAAUGCAAUGUUUGAAAAAAGAAAUACAAAAUCCCUCAGAAGAGAACCGAUAAGUCUUGGAUAAAAGUAAUUCCUGUUGGAAACAGCAAAAAUGCUAUCCCACAUUGGGAAGUGUUGUUUUGGAGCUAUCUCAGGGUCCUUUCCUUCUUUUGUACAUAAAAUUCUAUUUGUAUUCUAUUAUUCAUCCAUAACUUAUGAUGUAUGUACAUAAAUUGUAUGUAUAUAUGUAUUUAUGCCAUAUUUUUCUACUCUUGUAUUUUGAUUUAAAAUAAAAUAUAUUUAAA